AUGCGUGCCAAACAAUACCUUGAGCGCGAACGUGAGCCACCAUGGAACGUGCUUGCAGGGUAUCUCUCGCCAACAAAUGAUUCAUAUGUACAUUCCAAAUUGGGCGAUUCAGCAUGGAUUCCGGCCAAAGAUAGAUGUCAACUGUGUGAAGAAGCUAUCGAAUAUCAUGCAGGACCAGAAAUAUCAUCUUGGGUUACCAUUUCGCGGGGUGAAAGUGAAUGGUGCGAUGGAUUUAUUGAUUUUGGUCCUGUCAGUGAAAGCCUUCGUGAUUUUCUCAAUGGUACACUUGUCGAUGAGGAAAAUUUGCUCAAGUAUCCAUUGCGCGUGGUCUAUGUCUGCGGUUUAGAUCAUUUUAAUAAAUGUCCUGAAGUUGAAAACAUAACGAAACAAAGAAACAUGGCGUGUGCUGUGGUAUAUCGUGUCGGUUAUGAGGAACAGCGUAUUCAGCGUUCAGUCAAAUCGUCUGGUGUCAUCUAUAUUCCACUAACAGAGGAACGUGCAACCUUUCGGAUAUAA